AUGGUCAAUCGUAGUGUUCGAAGAUCUCGCAAGGACGCUGCUUCCACUGAAAGGUCAUCCAGCGGAGCCAAUUUGAAGAGAAGAAGUCGGUCCAACUCUUUAGGAUCCGAAUCAGAAGAUAAUGCUCAGGAGGAAAGACCAAUAAGGAGAGCUGCAAGGCGUGUUAAUUAUGAUGAAACUGUUUAUGACUUCGAAGAAAGCCCGAUUCGGAAGAAAGCUGAAAAAAGAAGAAUGAAUAAGCCAAAACAACGCGUGGAUUCUAAAAAAGAUGCUUCAUCAUCGUCAGAAUCUGAAUCGGAAUCUGAGCCAGAUGAAAGGAAAUCUAAAGGCGUUCGCAGAGCCCAAGGAAAAAGAACCCAGAGAUUCACCGAUGAACAAAUAGAGAUUCUCCUGGCUGUGUUCCGUGAAACGGAGUUUCCAUCAAAGGCUCAGAAGGAAAAGCUAGCAGAAGAGACCAAUCGAACCAUAUGCCAAAUAGAGAGGUGGUUUGACAACAGAAAACAAUCGAUCAGGAAUCCAAGGCCGGUGAAGAGAUACGUGAAAAAAUUCACGGUGGAGCAAAAACGGAAAAUGGACGAAGUUUUCGUUGCAAGCCGUAAUCCAGAAAAAGGAAAAAUUGCAGCUUUGGUUGCAGAACUAGAAUUGACCACAACACAGGUCAGACAAUAUUUCCGAAAGCAAAGAUUCAAAAAUCCGAUUCCUGAAGAAAUCCCACGUUUUCUAUCUGAAGAACAAGUAGAACAUGGGAUUGUGGACGGUGAAACGUUCAAACGAGAACGUAAUUCGGAAAAACGGAAUCAGUUCGAGGAUGCCAUGGAAAAGUUUUUUGAAGAACGCCAAUUCCUUGAAGAACCAGACGAAACUUUGGAAUUGGAAUCGGGAGGCUCUCGGAAGAGGAUCUCAGACUGGUUGGACAAAAAGAGAUACGAUACACUGAAGUCAUUUUUGGAGAAAGAAAUUUCGGUGUUGCCCAAUGAAAUGGCAACAUUCGAGAAGCUCUCCGAGAAGUACUGCUUAGACACUACCACGCAUCCUGAUGUAAUUCUUUAUAUUGAAAUGAAAGAAGAUGUGAACGGCGAUAGCAUUCGGGUCGGACAACAAAGUACCCUCCAAGACGAUCGAAGACCGACGAAUUCAAAACACAUCCUCCGAGAAAGACCAAUCAAGAGUGCACCGACUGUACCACACUCGUUUCAGAAGAAGCUGACAACGCCACGACGGCCCCUAUACAACUUCCAGCUCAUUCGAAAUCCAACGAUGAUCGUUCAAAUGAAGCUUCUACUCACCCUCCACGAAAAGCGACUCAGGACGAAUCAAAAGGUUGUCUUCGAGAUUUCCUCAUUCCGCCAAUUUUAUUGUUCCAGAAAUGUCCCAAUUCAAAGCAAAUUCGAAGGAGAAGAACAUGAGCGUCGAGCGUCACGAAUUCCUGGUCGAUUCCAACGGAAAACGCAAGUUCCAUAUUGA